AUGCUGCUCCCCUCCCUCCCUCGCUGUCUGCCUGCUCGCCGCGGCCGGAGCAGCGCGCAGGCGGCACUGGCAGCCCCGGGCGGGCGGCACGGCGGGCUGGGGCGCGGAGCCCUGCGCAGCGCUGCGGAGCCGAGCGGGCUCCGGCCGCCCCCCGAGCCCCCCGCCGGGGCAGCCGGCGCGCCGGUGAGUGCGGGCGGGGGGCGCGUCCCCGCUCCCCCGGGGCUCCCCCCGCGGGGGGCAGCGCGGAGCCGGGCCGGGGAUGGGAUGGGGCUGCCGGGGGCUGCGCCGGGCCCCGGGUAUUGUCUGGGGGUCUGCGGACAACAGGCGGAGCGACGAGGGAAGGGGAGGGGGCUCGGCCGGGCGGCCGCGGGUUCGGAGCAUCCCCGCUCCCGAGGCAAGUCCCGAGCGUGUCGGUCCGGAGCGGAGCCGUGCCCCGCUGCUCCCCGCCGGGCAUCCACCCCGCCCGCCUGGCGCUGCCGGCUGGACAGCGGGGAGAGCGGCUGCGGGAGAAAUGCCUGGAGGAGGAGAAUCCUGAACCCCUCUGGCUGGAGCCCGACGGGGAAUGCAGGGGCUGAGCGGGGAGAAGGGUUUUGGAGGCUCGUUUUGCAGUGGCUGCACGCUGACACCAUGGCGCCGAGGCUCCCGGGAAUGGGGCCCUUCUCCCUCCUCAGCCUUGGAGUCCUGCUCCUGGUUCUGGCUCUCCCUGCUGAUGCUGGGCUCUCUCAGAAGCACGUCUCGGACGUCGUGGAUGACAGCAAAGACAACAUCACCAUUUUCACACGCAUCCUGGACCGGCUCCUGGACGGAUACGACAACCGCCUGAGGCCUGGGCUCGGAGACAGUGUAACCGAAGUCAAGACAGACAUUUACGUGACGAGUUUCGGCCCUGUCUCGGACACAGACAUGGAAUACACCAUUGACGUCUUUUUCCGUCAGUCCUGGAGAGAUGAAAGGCUGAAGUUUGAUGGCCCCAUGAAAAUCCUUCCCCUGAACAACCUGCUGGCCAGUAAGAUCUGGACUCCUGACACUUUCUUCCACAACGGGAAGAAAUCUGUUGCCCACAACAUGACAACCCCCAACAAGCUGCUGCGCCUGGUGGACAACGGCACCCUCCUGUACACCAUGAGGCUGACCAUCCACGCCGAGUGCCCCAUGCACCUGGAGGACUUCCCAAUGGACGUGCACGCCUGCCCCCUGAAAUUUGGGAGCUAUGCCUACACAAAGACAGAGGUGAUCUACACCUGGACCCUGGGGAAGGAUAAAUCCGUGGAAGUAGCCAAGGGUGGAUCUCGCCUGAACCAGUAUGACCUGCUGGGCCAUGUGGUUGGGACAGAGAUGGUUCGAUCCAGCACAGGGGAAUACGUCGUCAUGACCACACACUUCCACCUCAAGAGGAAGAUCGGGUACUUUGUGAUCCAGACCUACCUGCCCUGCAUCAUGACCGUCAUCCUGUCCCAGGUCUCCUUCUGGCUCAACAGGGAAUCUGUCCCUGCCCGCACGGUUUUUGGUGUCACCACGGUGCUCACCAUGACCACACUAAGCAUCAGCGCCAGAAACUCGUUACCCAAAGUGGCGUACGCGACGGCCAUGGACUGGUUCAUAGCCGUCUGUUAUGCCUUUGUGUUUUCUGCGCUGAUCGAGUUCGCCACCGUCAACUACUUCACCAAGCGCAGCUGGGCCUGGGAUGGCAAGAAGGUGCUGGAGGCCCAGGAGAUGAAGAAAAAAGAGCCGGUGGCGCUGGCGAAGAAAACCAACAACACCUACAACAUUGUUGGCACCACCUACGCCCUGAACAUCAGCAAGGAGCCCGGCCUGCCCACCAUCUCCAAGAGUGCUGCUGCCACUGCCACGGCCACCAGCGUGCCCCCGAAGAUGCCCCGCCUGGAGGAGAAGCUCCCCGAGAGCAAGAAGACCUACAACAGCGUCAGCAAGGUAGACAAGAUGUCCCGCAUCGUCUUCCCAGUCCUCUUUGCCAUUUUCAACUUGGUCUACUGGGCCACCUACGUGAACCGGGAGUCAGCUAUCAAGGGAAUGAUCCCCAAACAAUAA